ACAAACGCAAUCUGAGUUUGUCGGAGACGGAGAGAGAAAAAAAAAGAAGCCGACGACGGGAGAUGGCCGGAAGAAGAGCGAUGAUGCAAUGGUUUGCGCUCACAGUAACAAUAGUGCUCUCCCUUCUGAUUCAGCCUUCUUCCUCCAUUUACUGUGAUGAAGAUGACUGUUACGAUCUCCUUGGGGUGACUCAGAAUGCGAAUGCUUCUGAAAUCAAGAAAGCUUAUUACAAGCUCUCUCUGAAACAUCAUCCAGAUAAAAACCCCGAUCCAGAUUCAAAGAAGUUUUUUGUCAAAAUUGCAAAUGCUUAUGAGAUUUUGAAAGACGAUGCCACGAGGGAACAAUAUGAUUAUGCACUUGCCCAUCCAGAGGAGUUUUUCUACAAUACGGCACGGUAUUACCAUGCUUACUAUGGUCACAAAACUGAUCCCCGUGCUGUCCUCAUUGGUCUUCUUCUGAUACUCUCAUCAUUUCAGUAUCUGAAUCAGUGGACAAGAUAUAAUCAGGCUAUUGAGAUGGUCAAGAAAACACCAGCUUAUAAAAACAAGCUACGUGGUUUGGAGCUUCAACGCACUGGAGGAGUUGCUAAUAGGAAGAAGAGCAACAAGCAGAUGGACAAGAAGGUGGAGGAAGAACUUAGCAAGGAACUCAACUUGGACAUAAAGGGAGCUGAAAAGCCUUCUGUUUGGGAACUAAUUGGAAUUCGCUUUAUACUUCUUCCUUACACUCUGGGAAAGCUGUUGCUAUGGUAUGGAUGUUGGUUCUGGAGGUACAAUGUCAAGCGUGCUCCAUACUCAUGGGAAGAUGCCUCCUAUUUGACACGAAGAGCUCUUAGGGUUUCUAUUGACUCGUGGAUAUCUAUUGACGAAUCAACCAAGGAAGAUCUUAUUCAAAGACGACUUUGGGAGAAGUCCAACUUCGAAAGCUAUGUGGCAGAGAUGCGCAAGGAAUCAAAACGCCGAAGAUAAAGGUUUUUUCUUACUCAAGGUUAUAUGUAGGAUGAGACCAGUUUUAAUGGAAAGCGUUUUGAUACAUGAAGACAAAAGUCUAAUGUUUCAUUCUUGAAGACAACAAAAUUCUUUUGACACCGGGAGCUUAUUAGAUUGGUAGUGUCGUCAUAGAACUUGGAUCGUCACAGUUAGUGUCACAACUGUACUAGUAUUCAGAAUAACUAUACAAAAUACAUAUCGGGAAGCAAUCAUACUGCAUUUGGAGCAACUUUCAUGGGCGAGCUUCUUCUGAUGAGUAACACUCUGCAUGGUGAUUUUGCUGAUGUAAUGCCAGGUUAGAAUAUGUGGCCGACCAUCUAUAUGUUCUGAAAGCAGAGAUUGCGUUCCAGCAGAUGAUGCACUUCAUACUUGGCUUGGCUAUGUUGUAUUUGUAUGUACCAUAUUCUUAACUGGCGAAUAUGAUAAUUGCAGGUCUAUAUUACCAAUUGGCAGUGUUAGCUCCACUAAACCUUAUGUUUUCUAUCUGGUUCGACAUUUCAUCGUACUGACCUUCAGGAACAUGUGAACUCUCCCCCUCUGGUCUGUUUGGAACCCUAGUAGCAUAAUGGAAUCAGUUUCCCGGGCUAACUUCCAUGGCAACACGAGGAAUUUAACUCAUCACUGCCUCGUAUUGGCGGCGAAAAUUGUGUUUACUUAAUUUUUUACUCUGCGUGGGCUGUUGCAUCAUCAAAGGGAGCCAAUCCGCUCAGAAUUGUGCUAAGACCUUGCAUCUUUAUCUUCUA